ACAAUAAGCUGAGCGCAAUGUACCACACCCGUGAACAUAACCUCCCGCUAAACAAAACAAAUUCUCACUCAGGAAGCCAAUUCGGACAUUACUGAACUACCCUUCAAAGGCUUCACUAGGGGCGAGUCACCACGUGGUAGUUGUCCUGUAAUUUCUAGAAAUUUCCUCCUUCGAGUUAUCCACACUUACAAAAUGAUGGUUCACAACAAGCCGCCCAUAUCUGCAUCGCCGAGGCCUCCAGACUUAAAUGCGCCAUUCAUGAUUCCUGAGGUGUUUUUAAACGUAAACUCCUAUGAUACCACGGAGGCAUAUGUCGCUUGCCACAAUUGUUUACCUUCUGACAAUUGUGCAUACAGGACAGAUGAUUCGGGCUCACUUUCCGCUGAUUAUGUGGAAGGAGCUCAGAUCAUAGCUCUAGAGGAGGUGGACGCCAACGGAGACAGCGUUCAGGAACAGCAGGAACAUAUUCCUGUUGUUCUUAAUAUCAAUGAUCACCAUGAUUUGAUUGUCCUGGCCCCUGAGUUGCAGUCUGAUGCUAUGAGACAACAAAUUGAACCCUGGACCAGUCCUCAGUACCUGCAUUUGCAAAUAUUGGUCGAAGGGAUCCAGAUCCAGACUGAAUCAGCCGAAAUCUCAGUUGGAGACAUCAUUGAAGAGCCUGCAGUCAUAGAGUUCCCUGACAUGCCUGGGGGAUAUAUUCCGGCUGUUUUAAAUAGGUUUGCUAAGAGACCUGAGGACAAAUUAGACAAAGUAAAAUGUCUAAGUGUGAUCAAGAAGGCCAAGUUGGGUGAUGCCACCAAAGACACAAUAAAACCUUAUUUGCAAUGGUUUCCACAAAGUUCUGUUAAGCUGGAGCCGCUAGAGGGGUGUAUGCCCACACCCAAGGAGCCGGUCGUUCGGGAAACGCGGCCUUUCCUCUAUUGUGAGCUUUGUCGGCGGACUGAGAGCCCUGGAGUCAUUACGCACACAUGCUCCAAGAAUGAAGCCUCACAGGAGUUGGAAUCAGCUUCGGAAGUUAAUGCUCCCAUGAAAACUUCCUCCAGUGCCAAACUUGAAUCGACUCCUAUAAUUGAACAAGUCCCUGAGAACUCGUCCACCCCUGAGGAUAACGAGUACCUGACAAGCACCAGUAACUUGGCCAAGAGACAACAACGCUGUUUGAACAAUAACACUCAGAUUGAACCAAUCCCUGAUAAUGCCUCUUCCUACAUUGCCAAAGCUUCCCCUGAAGCAAGACCAUCUGAUGAGGUCAACACAUCCUCAGAUACUGACAGUUCAUCCAGUGCCACAGAAAUUAAAAUAAAAUGGAAAUGUGGGCAAUGUGUGACAGUUAAAAAAAUUAAAAGAUUUCCUUGUGAAGCAAAAAUUGAGCUUCACAAGUCAGUAAGGGACAUAGUGCAUCCGUGUGGGCUCAAAAUUGAACGCCAAGAAUUUGUUUGUGACUUCUGCAAAGAGCUAUUUGGUGAAAAACUGUACCUUCGUAAACACAUCCAGUCUCACAUCCUUGAAGACAGGAUGUACAGUCCUCUGAAUCACACUAUGGUCAUGUGUAAUCUGUGUGAGAGUAGUUUUUCCUAUUCUCACUUCUUGACGCAUCUUGUCAGGAUGCACAGCGCGGUGGAAGAGCGUCGGACUGGGAAGAAAUGUCCAAUAGGCUGUCUGGUAAACAACUUCCCCACUACUAGCUUGCUUUGUGAGCACCUUCGCAGACAACACAGCAAGCGUGUGUACCACUGCCCAGUCUGCAAUGUCGUCUUUAAAGACUUGCUAAGUCUAGAAGAGCAUGCGUCAGACUAUCAUGCCAUAUCCAUGGCUGAGAGCUGCUCUACAAUAUACCAGUGCGACCAAUGCUCUUUCUGGGGCACUAAAACGUUUGCUCAUCACAUGAAGUGGAAGCACAAAAGAGUAUACACGAUCGCCCGUCCGAAAGCCCGGGAAAUCGUGGAAGUUUUUGCUGAGCUAAGCGAUUUAGAGAAGACAAGUCGUUCAGUAUUAAUCUGCUACCACUGCAGAGAGGCGUUCUUCACCAAAGCGAAACUGAGGCAUCACGUGCGCACCACGGAAGGGCACAUUCACGGCACGUUUGGUUCGACUCUGACUAGGGAGUGCUUCAACUGUCCGAUGUGCAACACGAAACUGAAGUCCAUGAUGCAUGCGAUGGCGCACUUUGUUGCCAUGCACACUAAAUGGCCCAUUAACCAGUCGGAUGAUGGGUCUAUGUACAGUUGCAAUUCGUGCAACUCGUUCCAAACCAACUCGAUGCAGUCGCUGUGCACCCACCGUAGGUCCAAGCACGGCGAAAAGCUGUAUGACUGCCUCAUCUGCGGUAUCAUGCUGCUCACACCGUUGGACUUAGGGGAACACUUUGCCCGCGACCACAAGAUGCCGCAAAUGUUGAGCUUCGUGCCCAACAAGCUCACUCUAAAGGCCAGCGUCAUACUCUUGCGCGAUGCACGCGCAGAAGCUGCUGUCACCGCCCUGAAGCGGGGGCUGCAGAAGGUUGGCUGCCAAGAGGAUGAAUCACCUCCUGUGAAGAGAGGCAGAGGAAGGCCGCGAGGCUCUAAAGAGAAGAUGAAUGGCUGCCAAGAGGAUGAAUCACCUCCUGUGAAGAGAGGCAGAGGAAUGCCGCGAGGCUCUAGAGAGAGGAUCAAUGGCUGCAAAGAGGAUGAAUCACCUCCUGUGAAGAGAGGCAGAGGAAGGCCACGAGGCUCUAAAAACAAGUCUAAAACACCAUUGCCUACACUGAAGACGCCUCCUACCCUGAGGACGCCUCCUACCCUGGGGACGCCUACUACCCUGGAGAUGCCUCCUCCAUCGAUCACCUCCAGAAAGAGAAGAGUAAAGCAAAGCUCCCCUGUGCGCCCAAAGAAAGCUACCCUGAGGACGCCUACUACUAUGAGGACGCCUCCUACCGUGGGGACGCUUCCUACCGUGGAGACACCUGCUACCCUGGGGACGCCUGCUACCCUGGGGACGCUUCCUACCUUGGAGACGCCUGCUACCCUGGGGACGCUUCCUACUGUGGAGACGACUGCUACCCUGGGGACGCCCACUACCGUGGAGACGCCUUCUACCCUGGGGACGCUUCCUACUAUGGAAACGCCUGCUACCGUGGAGACGCCUGCUACCGUGGGGACGCCUACUACCCUGGAGACGCCUCCAACCCUGGAGACGCCUCCUACCCUGGGGACGCCCACUACCGUGGAGACGCCUACUACCCUGGGGACGCCCACUACCGUGGAGACGCCUGCUACCCUGGGGACGCGUCCUACCUUGGAGACGCUUCCUACCGUGGAGACGCCUGCUACCCUGGGGACGCACACUACCGUGGAGACGUCCACUACCGUGGAGACGCCUGCUACCCUGGGGACGCACACUACCGUGGAGACGUCCACUACCGUGGAGACGCCUGCUACCCUGGGGACGCUUCCUAUCUUGGAGACGCUUCCUAUCGUGGAGACGCCUGCUACCCUGGGGACACCCACUACCGUGGAGACGUCCACUACCGUGGAGACGCCUGCUACCCUGGGGACGCCUGAUACCCUGGGGACGCUUCCUAUCUUGGAGACGCUUCCUACCGUGGAGACGCCUGCUACCCUGGGGACACCCACUACCGUGGAGACGCCUGUAACCCUGGGGUCGCCUGCUACCCUGGGGACUCCUGCUACCCUGGGGACGCCUGCUACCCUGGGGACGCUUCCUACCUUGGAGACGCCUGCUACCCUUGGGACGCCCACUACCGUGGAGACGCCUGCUACCCUGGGGACGCCCACUACCGUGGAGACGCCUACUACCCUGGAGAUGCCUCCUCUAUCGAUCACUUCCAGAAAGAGAAGAGUUAAGCAAAGCUCCUCUAUGCGCCCCAAGAAAGCACGCAAAAUGCUGCGUCAACUUGACAAUCCCAUGAUACCUUAUACCUAGACAUCUGAGCCAGCCGACUAAGCCAGUCCUUUUCUUGAGCCGCCAGCUGCGGACACUUUUUAUCGGUUCAGCCAGCUGCGCUGCGCCAGCCUUCCAGCUACCUAUAAUUUGCAUCAUAAUCAUUUUUUUCAUUUCACGUGCCCCAAUUGAGUGAAAAAUGUCUCGCCGUUCUCUGUUUCACGGAUUUUUUUCUUAUUAGUUCAUACCUACUGAGUCAAUUGUCUUUAAAGGUCAAAUUUCGCGUUAAAAAUUCAGAAACUCGGUAAAAUUACGAUGAUCAGUGUUAAAAUUUUUAGUCAUUUCGUAAAACCAGUGGCUUUAUUUUUAAUGAUUUUUAAAAAUAAUUUUUAAAAAAUCACUUUUUUUGUCAUCCUUCCUAUCUCUUUUUGAUCUUAAAAAUGCGUGUUUCAGAAAAAAAUGCGAAAUUGCAGAAAAACGAAAAAAACAUUUUUUUGCAAUGCACUUUUUCCCGUAAAAACGCGGGUUUUUGCGAUGCCUACAGAUAAAACUGUGUUACUCCUAAGUUUUGACUUUUGAGUAGUGAAGUCUUAAAAAGCAUUUAAGCCGGCUGCAAGCCAGGCGCCAGCCGAGUCGAUGAAAUUUUGCCAGCCAACCACCUACUUCUGUUUUGACGGCUCGGAGCCGGAAAGCCAGCCACGGAUCAAAAUGUAGGCGGCUCAGAUCUCUACUUAUACCUCCUUUCCCUUUCCGAAAAGAACUAAUGAGACUAGAGCUGUUAUCUGCUACCAGCAGGCUUAGUUUAAUUAAUCUAUGGAACUCUGGGUUUUUUCCACUCUUAAGCAAUUUUUUGCCUCACAAGUAUUGACUUAUUUCAUGGAUCACCUGACUUAAAUUUUAUAUCUAGAUGUUUUUUCUUUUUUAGUUGCAAACUGGACAGUUUUUUAGGAAAUACUUGAAAUUAUUUUAAAAGUCAAAUAAUUUUGCCCAAUGAUGAAUUUUUUUCUGUAAAUAGACUCAUUUGACAAGACAAAUCAAAUGAUGGGCCAUUUUUGCUUUGUGAAAUUCUUAGUGACUUAACCAUAGAAGAAGUACAAUUGGUUGACUUGGAUACUAAAUUUUUGUAGCUGUAACCAAUACCUUAUUAAACUUUGUUCUAUGUUAAUUUUUAAUAGAUUAUUUAUUUUUAAAUUAAGUAAAAUUUUACAGUAAGACCUGGCAAAAUUGCGGAACUUUCUAAUUUCAUGGAAUUCUAAACAUUGUUGGAAAAAAUUGCAUUACAAAUCUGGACAAACUCGGCUUGAAAUACUUUGCCAUAAUCAUAAAUAUCAAUUUCAAUUAUGACCAAAUGAUUGUAAGCAUUAAAGACAAAAGAAAUGAAAGUGUAAAGUGUGGAAACUUGGCUCAGAAUUUUCAAAAUUACCCCUUCAUUGAAAAAACGUUCAGAUCACAAUUGAAUCACUGUUUACUUCAAAAUCUUGAGGUAUAACUU